AUGGCAAAACUUAGCACUCAAAUAAGUAUGCUAUUCGUCGUUGUAACUUUGGUAUUUGCAUUUGUUCCUGUUUUUUCUGUUGAAGAAGUCGAAGCAAAAACAUUGUGGGAUACAUGUCUAGUUAAAAUCACCCCUAAGUGUGCUUUGGAUAUCAUUGAUGUUGUCUUCGGAAAUGGUAUUAUCUCUGAUUCAUGUUGCCACGGCCUUGUCGGAGAAGGAAAAGUGUGUCAAGAUACGCUCAUCAAAUACAUUUCAGACAGACCAAGCUUAAUUACCAAAGAAACUCUAUACUUAAAGAAGCGAGAUGAUUUGUGGACUCAUUGUGUCUCCAUCUCUAAAACUGUUUAA